UGUCAGUUAACGUUAGCUAGUCAGCUAAAAUAUUUUGGUUAACCAGUGCGGAUAUGCUUAAUUUUAAUGUAUAAACGCAUUAGCUCUCAACCUAUGUUUGUCGGAAACGCGAUUAGCUUUUUAUUUGAGUGUCAGCCUUUGAUAGGUGGACGGUUUUUCUUCUCUUUAAUGGGUAAAAGAAAGGGCCUUUGUGGGUCGCAAGCUGGUGAGAUGGAAUUGGUGGUCUAACCGCUAGCUGACUGGCGAUUUAAGUUCAACAUUUAUAUUUAGGAUAGUUUGUUGACUAGCUAGUUGGCUAGCUGUAACAAAUAACGUAGUCUAGCUAACGUUAACAGGUCUGUGAAAAACUAGGUGUGAUUGCUGACGAGCUACAGUGCUUGUUUUGGGAACGAAUGUGUUUAACUAGCUAGACUCGCUAUGGUGGAUUACUUCAUAACGUUACCCGUACGAUGUGAUUUAAAGCGGCUUUUGACAGCUGUAUUUCUCGUUACUUAACCGGGUUUUAACAUGAAUAUGGACGCAACGAGGCUUAAAUGUGUUCCCCCCACGUUUUGUAAGGAUGAUUUUUCGCUAACGUUACCCGUUUCCUGCCGCUGAGUGAUGCUGUUUUCUUGUUUGCAAUCGAUAAAAAAAUUGUUUCAUAGCUGGCUAACUUAGCUAGUUUUCACGGUGCGACCCCAGCUCUAUCUAGAUUGCUAUGAAACUUGCGUGAGGUGAAGUUAGCUAGUAGCUGACUGCUCGACUCGGCAGUAACUUUCUGGUGGGAAUGUAACGCUAGAUUUGAUAGCUACAACGCUAACUAGAAAUGCAUCAGGCGACACAUUUAGCUCCUAAUCUUUUGUAACAUGUUGACAUAGCUUUGACAAGCUAAUCAUUGAUUGGUGUGUGUCUGUGUCGAUGAAUGUUUCCAUUUGACUUGCAUUGUAGUUAAAAACAGUAGUUUAAAACACACAAAUUACCACGUUAAAACAACACCCUACGCUAGGUAAACAAUUAGCCCGGAAGCUGUUUGCGAGGAAACUUGGAGGAAACGCUCUGGCUUGUUUUUAUUUCUUUAAACCAAUCAAGCCCAGGAUGCAGCGACGGUGCCCUUGCACUAAGUAGUUGGCUGUGACCCCCCAUUAAACUCAGAGAAGACGAAGAACUUGUUUUGGUGGAACAUUUGCACGUGGAGAGGCGAGCCCUGGCAUUAAAAUGGCUAAAUCCCCACAAAAGAAAACGCCACAUAAAACAGUAGAAGACGUAUGUCGACUAUGUGAUACGACUUUUACUGAUAAAAAAAACAAACAUAACUUGAUCAUCGGUGCCCUAGAGGCGAAGCCUGCCUAUACUUUAGCUCUGGAGGAGCUCACUGGACUCGUUAAAACCACAGACGAUUUAAUAGCUGUAUGUAGCUCUUGCAGAACGUUAUUAAACCGAUAUCACAGAAGCUCGUGUGAAGUGGAACGGAUUGGUACAUUGGUCAAGUCACUGGCGCAUGCCGCUGCCAGAGUUAAAAGAUGUGCCAAAUCAACUCCGACUGACGAUGGCCGUGUCAGAAAACGAAUCAACAUCGGGCAUGAGAGUCUUGCGAGACGGAGUCUGGGCUUUUCCGAGUGUGCAAGCAAAGAGGAAAGAAGACCUGAAUCACUUGCCAUUAAAAAGGAGAAGUUUGAAGAAGAGUUGGAGAGCAGUGAUCCACAGGGCGGACUACAUCUCAGUGAAGAGAGACCUGUGGAACCAGCUGUUGAAAGGGCUCUCAUUGCAGAACCACAGACUGAACCUACAAUAGACACAGAGGAGCUCACUGAGCAGCACAGCACCAGACACAGUGUUUGGGAAGAUGGCACACUGGACACUGUUCUCAAGGCAGAACCAGAUAAUGAGACUAUAAACCUCCUGGAUGCAGGCUCUGAACACACAGCAGGGAGGCAGGACAUUUUGGACGAGCACGUCAUGUACAAGAGAGCGGGCCAACUGGACACUUUCUACACGCGGGGGUUUGCUGAAAAAGAGACCGCGAGUGCAGCGUGCUCUUACGCGACUCCGCCGGACUCCGCAAGCUUUCCAGGUAGCUCGGAUUUACAGCCCAUCCUCUCUGCAGGGAACGGCAAGACGCUUCCCACGUGGAACAAGAUGGCAGCGUCUGAAGCGGUCCACACACAGCACAGGCGCUACAGACAGGACCGGCGGCGGGAGCGGCUGCAGCUGGCCAACGUGCCGUUUCCGCCCCAGGCCCAAAUGGCUGCGCCAGAGGACACGGGUCCCAAACCCAGGGGCCCAGAUGUGAACAGAUGGGCCCCUUGCGAUGACCGCUUCACCAAAUCCAAAAGCAUGAAGGCCCCUUACCGAGUCGGCACGACGAGGAGAAAGCUGUUCAUCUGUACGUAUUGCGGGAAGAGCCUAGCUUGCCUGAAAAACCUUAAAACGCACCUGAGGGUUCACACCGGAGAAAAGCCAUUCAGUUGCGCACAGUGCGGGAAGCGCUUCGCCGAUUCCAGCAACCUGAAGAGGCACCAGAGCGUCCACACGGGCGAGAGGAAGUACGGGUGCACGCACUGCGGCAAACGCUUUGCCCAGUCUGGGUCGCUCAAAGUACACCAGAACGUCCACACGGGACACAGGCAGUACAUCUGUGCCCAGUGCGGGAAGACCUUCCUUUCUUCUAGUCAUCUCAAGAGACACGUGACUGUUCACGCUGAAGAACAAUUGUAACCUUUUGGAACUGCGAGGAACGAGUUUGCUCAGCAGUCUCGAUAUCCUGUAAUGGUCAAGUUUCACCGAGACCAUUUAGGUGCGCUUGAUUCGGAGUUGACAAGCUGUAAUUUCUUUAUUUUCAACCACGUGCUUGCUCUGGACAUUUUCAUCCUAAAGGAUUUCUUCAAGCAGACCAUUCCAGUACAAAAAUAAAGAAAUUGUGUACUAAUUAUGAGGACCUGCAUGGUGCUUAUGGCCAUGCCACAGAGAAUACAGAUCCUCUCUGCAUAUUAAUCUCUGUUAUUAGGGUGCAUAUUACACAUCAGUGGUGCUGCAGAGGUUUUUAGGGUGUUAUUGGCACAGUCUGUGUCCACAAGGUGACCAGUGAAGUUGCUGAAAAAAGGUCCUAAUUUCAAUAAUCUAAUAGUGUCAUUCUAUCAAUUUUGUAUUGUGCUCGUUUUGUUGAAGUUUGUGUCAACAAAAUUGGGACAAUAGUCUGAAUAUUAUCCAACAGAACUUGGUGGAUAAACAUUUGUUUUUUUAUUUAUAUUCUUUUAAUGAACUUGGUAUUGCAUGCUGUUCCUGCCACUAACACCAACAUGUUAGUCAAGCACUCUGGAAAGUCUACAAAUUUGAAAUGUGUAGGAACCCUGCAGUGAUGAACAAGUCCCUUUAAACAUAAUUUUGAUCAGGCCAUUUUCAGAUAUUUAUAAUGGAGUGAGAUUCACGUGUACUUAUUGACGUCCGAAUAGGUUUUGAAUAGCUAAUGACCAUAAAUCUUACAAAUUGCAUACAUAUGGACAUUAAAUAAUGCAGUAGUUCAAAUUGUCUGUCCUUAGUUUUGGUGGAUCUUGCGACAUUUGCGGUAACUGGUGUUCGCAAAAGUUAGCUUUCAUACUCCUAGAGUUUUCCCACAAUGGAGUUCCAUUCAACUGGAGUUCCAUUCAAAACAAAGCUAUUACAAGGUGCACAUUGUGUGCUUAGUUUUCUUAGGAGAUAAUCACGCUGUACCAUAUGUUGGAGAAAGAAGACUGCCCACAGGCAACCAACAGUGUCAUCUGACAGGGUAAUAUUGAGCAACAUAUCAAACCUAAUUUUAAAGACGCUUUUUAGGUUUUGGACACUUGCUCUUUUGCAUUCGGCAUGCAAGUUCUUUUGAGUGCAUUUUUUUUUGCAUUUCAAUACUUGGUGGAAUUGUUGGACCCAACAUCACUAGUGGAAAAUAGCAUAUAGAGGAGCAGAUACAGAAUUCAAACACAUUGCAUCGAUAUUUCUACAAAAAUGGCAUUGUAUGAAAUAUGGCGGUUUUUAAUAUGGAAAAAUUAAGGAUUGACACUAAUGUUAGAUAUGUAUUUUGCCUCAAACAUACAAUGUAGACUUCAAAGGACACUGAGGUCACUGGGGGACCUGUUGUGCCAAAGGGAAGAAAAAUGCAUGGUUGAAAGAAAGCUGAUAUUAAAACGAUUGCAUAGCAUGACCAACUGAAUCAUUUAAAUGUUCUUUUCAUAAUUGUAUAUAUUAUUUCAUAGCCUCUGGAUGUCAGUAUUUAUGAUGGUUAACAUUUAUACAGUGUAUGUGUGUGUUUGAGUGGAGGGAUGCAUUAUUUUCUACAAGAAGGAAAAACAUGCCCUCCUUCCCAUUGCCCCCAUUUUGCAUGGGGCUUGACAUUUCCCUACAGAAAAACAUUGCAAUAAACUUGAAAUAUCCAUUCUUUAAAUGUCCUAUUUCAAUUUCAAUCCAUUGCCCCUAAUCUAUACAAAGAGCUCUGCAAUAAAGCUGUUAACACUGCGGCAUUACAUUUCA